UGACAAUAAUAGAGUGACGUCACAAUUCGCCAUAUUGCGCUGCAGCCAAAACACAAAGAAAACACAAACGGAAAGUUGGUAUUUCUUUGUCUCCUCGUGAACAGAUUAUCAUAAAAGUACAUCGAUCUGAACUCAAAGAUAUGGCACAAAGUCCCAUUGGUGGGGCAGUAAAAGCUUUACAGCUUGAACUGAAAAAAAUCCGCGAGGAACCAGUGGAGGGGUUUCGUGUGAACUUGAUGAAUGAUGACAGUUUGUUCGAGUGGGAAGUGGCAAUUUUCGGACCUCCUGGUACUAUGUACGAGGGUGGAUACUUUAAGGCCCACAUGAAGUUUCCUCAGGAUUAUCCAUACAAUCCCCCAAGUGUGAAGUUUAUCUCCAAGAUGUGGCAUCCUAAUGUGUAUGAGAAUGGAGAUGUAUGUAUAUCUAUAUUACAUCCACCUGUAGAUGACCCACAAAGUGGUGAACUUCCUUCAGAGAGAUGGAACCCCACACAGAAUGUCAGAACAAUCCUGUUAAGUAUAAUUUCCCUGUUAAAUGAGCCCAACACAUUUUCCCCUGCCAACGUGGAUGCCUCUGUCAUGUACAGGAAGUGGAAAGAUUCUAAAGGGAAAGACAAAGAAUAUGAAAAUAUAAUCAGAAAACAAGUUCAGGCCACUAAGGAAGAUGCGGAGCGUGACGGAGUGAAUGUCCCCACCACGUUACAGGAAUAUUGUGUUUCAAUCAAACCCCAGACCUCCCACAACAGUGUGGAUGAUACAGACUUUUACGAUGAGGACUACGACUUGGAUGAUGAUGAAGAGGAAGACAACUAUUAUGAUGAUGAGGAUGAUGAUGAUUCUGGAAACGGUGGUGAAGAAUCCUGAUGCCUGUUGUUGUUUUUUAUUUUAUUUUUGAUUGUGCAAAAAAGCCCAAAAAGUCAGAAAUGGGAAGUUGAAGCUCAGUGUUUAACACAACAGAUUUGUUGUAUCUGUUAUUCUUUCCAGGUUUUUUCAUAAUCAUCCACUAAUGCAUUUAGAGGGUGAAGAGGUUUAAUCUUUUUAAAAUACAUAUUCAGUCUGAACUCUCUUAACUACCACAACUAUCCAAUUAAGAAGUGGAGUAAUUGAUUACGUAUUGUCAUCUGGAUACACUUUUGUUAAAACUGAAAAAGAUGUUAUUGAUAUGAAAUGUUGAAUAUUUAAACAUAAUCACAAUAUUUGGUGCUAGACUGUUUAUCUGGGUAGAUUAUAUUGAUAAAAUAUUGAUUUCAGAUUAUCAUUAUGAUAGUAAAAGAUGAUCAAAGUUUCUUAGGAGGUGUUUACUCAAAAAUUAAAUUAAUGAACAAUGAUUUGUACACGAUGAGAAACCAAGUUCUGAUUUGUUCACAAUGUCCCACUACCUUAACAUUUAUUUACAUGUAUUUCAUAAGAUCCUAAGUAUUGUUGAAAAAAGAUAAUCUUUUCUUUUUCCUUCCAUUAUAAAAAUUAAUAUUCCAAGAAUUCAAGGGUUAUUAACCUAGAGUAAGUAAUAGUUAAUGCUUUUUAAACCAAUCAGAACUCAAAAUAGAUUAAUUCUAGCAGUAAGGGGAGUUUCUUAUGCAAUGCUGAUGCACAGUAAAUCAGACUUAAAGCAAAGUGCCAGAGAAUAAUUUUGAUUUGUUGAAAAUUGUAAUUUAGUCAUUCUUUCUAAUAAGAUCAAAUUUUGUCAUUCUUUCUGAUAAGAUCAACUUUCUAAAAUUAUUGAAAAUGAAAAUCAUUUUUGCUGUAAGGGUGAAUUCAGUGUAGGUGUCUUUGCUGUAAAAUACUUUGGUAAUAUAGCAGUCAAGGCUGUACCUAUGGUAAACUCUUGUUCUCAUGUCAGUCAAAAUGAUUACCGUCUUGUGGAACCUUACCAAAAUUUGAUGAUUGUCCUUUGCAUUAUUUUUGUCAGUUGGCAUAAAAGCCUGUUGUUUGAUUACAACAUGUGUAUGCUAUCUGCUUAGCAGUGUUAGUUCAUUUUUGACAUUUGAUAUCAAAUGAAGCCAUUUCUUACAAGAUUUGGUAUGCAUAGUGACAUUAUUUUUUGUUUCAUUUCAUUUAUUUUUUUUUUUAUAUGGAGACAAAAGAUUGUCAGUGAAUGGAUGUAAACAUUAUUUGGCUGGUUUUAAUGUGUGUUUAUCUCCCGUAGAUAGAGAUCUCACAACUUAAGUUUAUAAUGCUGUGGGAACACAAGUUUCGUUUUCUGAGAGAAAUCUUUGGUGUGCACAUCGUUUUGGAACCGGUAAUAAUAUUGCAAAGCAUGCUGAGAGACAUACAUGUAAAUGGAAACAAUAUUUGCUAAACUGGGAAUACAUUAUUAUGAAGUUUGGUAGUCAUUGUUUUGGUCUUGUAUUACCAACAAAUGGAAAAGCAAAAUAUUUUUGAUAAUAUUCGAAUGUGACAAAAAAACUCCUAUUUCCCUUGUAGUCUGCAUUUGUAUGAAAGUUCGCAUGUUUACACAUUAUAAAAUAUUUUAAUAAUUUAGUUAUGAAGUGUGUGGUGCUUGUCCAUUUUAACCAAUACACAUCAUGGGUACAUGUUGAAUUGUAAGUUUGUUAAUAUUUAGAUGUUGUUGUUCACAUAACUGUGUUUAUUUUUUAUGUUCAUUAUGGUUAUUGUGUAAAGAGUUCUUAUUUAUGAAUAUAUAAAGUGAUUCUAUUAUGAUUUGUGUAGAAGCUUUCAUUUGUAAAAAUAAUGGACAAAUUUUUCAGUUGAAAAUUUUGUUUAACUCCUAGAAGUGAAUGAUAAAGAGUUUCAGUUCUUAUUUUUAAAUGAGGGGCUAGAAUCAGGACUGUUGCAUUAUAUGUAAAACUGAAUUUUUGUAUUGAUCAGUAUUUGGCAUUUUUUGUUGACUUCAAUAAUUCUUUUAGUUUCCUACAUGUAGUAUGUCCUAACUAUGAUAUGUCGUCAAGUUAUGUGGACAAUUGUCAGAAGAAUACUUGAAAUAUAUAUUUUAUUAAAUCAAAGUUCCUUAACCAUGGAAUGGCUAAAAUGUUGUUGAUACAGUGUCAUUAAUGAAGUGAUAUGAUAAAUAACAUUAUAUUGUGUUUACACAUUCCUCUGUCAUAUUUGGGAAAUGCAAGAGCAAUCUGUGCAAUUUAAAUGUGUAAAUGAUGAAGGUUCUGUUUUGAUGUGAUUGUCAAAUCAAUUUAUCUUCAGAUAAUAAAUUAUCAAAUGCUAAAAAA